AUGGGCCGCAUGCACUCGAAGGGUAAGGGUAUAUCCCGCUCUGCCAUACCAUACACUCGCGCUCCUGCGCCCUGGAACAAGUACACGCCGGAGGACGUCUGCGAGCAGAUCUGCAAGCUCGCCAAGAAGGGCACGCCCCCCUCGAGGAUCGGGCUUAUCCUCCGCGACCAGUUUGCGAUCGGCCAGGUCAAGAACGUCACGGGGUCGAAGAUCGUCCGCAUCCUGAAAGCGAAGGGCCUUGCGCCCGAAAUCCCCGAGGACCUCUACUGCAUGAUCAAGAAGGCGGUCGCCAUCCGCAAGCACCUCGAGCGCAGCCGCCGCGACAAGGACUCGAAGUUCCGCCUGAUCCUGGUCGAGUCGAGGAUCCACCGCCUCGCGCGCUACUACCGCCAGGCGAGGCGCCUCCCCCCGACGUUCCGCUACAAGUCCGACCAGGCCGCCGCGCUCCUUGCGACGUACGCGUGA